GUUUUUGCUGUUAGUCGGGGCACCAAGCUGACCGAACGGGUAUCCAAACCCGGAGGAAGCUCAGCUGAUAUCCGGCACCAAUGGAAUAUAGGAAAAAAAUUGGAAAAUAAAAGACCUCUAUCUUUCAGUAAACUCCACUCACCGCAGCUCUCUACGUAACCUCGUUUUUUCUCCAUCCCAUUCACCGGUCUUUUGCCGUCGAUUAUUGUGAGAAGCAAUUUGCCCGGCGGUUAAUGCUCUUUAUCGGAUUAAAUCUGAAACUUGUCGCUGGAAAAAGAAAUAGUUUGUCCCGAGUUGAGAAACGUAACGGAGGGAAGUCGAAGCCCGAAAUUCUCUUUCGAGGCUGUGGGGAGGCUAUAGAUGAUUGUCUUAGCUGUUUAUGGUAUAGAUCCCAGAUGGCCGUUGAGGCAUGUGAUGCACAAAAGUUGAUGGAUGAUAUUGAUGGUGAUGAUGUACCAUUAAGUUUCAAAAGGAGUAGCUCUUCCAGAAAGCAAAGCCAAUCAACCUUGGAAGCUAAGAAAUCGUUACCUUCCAAACCUGAUAGACAACCAGUACAGGAUGUACGAUCACAGAAUGGUCAAGGUGCCAUGGAGAAGAGUAAGAUGGCUCCUUCCUCCAAGUCACCACCUGUUAAAUCUCCUCUGUCUAGCCCGAAAUCAUAUAAUUCCACUGCCAAGGGAUCAGAAGUUAAAUCUUCUGAGGUGAAAUUUAAACCUUCUACGUUGGCUAUGGAUGAGUCAAAUUCACGCCAGAUUAAAGAUGAGAAGCCAUCAACUGAAACCAUUGAGGACUCGGAGGACUCUGAUGAUGAUAAACCACUUAAUGCUAGAGUUUCUGCUAACUUGUCGAAGGUCAACUCUAGCCAUGCCAAAAAAGUUCUUCAUGCUUCAAGUUCUAGUCAACAGCUUAAGAUCCCCAAGCCUAAAGAUUCAGAUGAUGAAAUGCCGUUGUCUUCUAGGUUUCAAGUUAAGUCUAAUGCUGGGAUAUCCAUCCGCGGAUCUCCCAAUUCUUGUGAGGGAAAACCUUCAAUGUCGAAAUAUGAACAAAAUGGAUCAGCCUCAAUAGAAAGAAAACCUUUAGCUAAUCUGAAGAAGAGACCUGGAGAUGCAGGAAAAGCUGCAAAUGAAUCUCGUCUAAAGAAACCUAAGUUUUCUGACACAUCUGCACAUAAGAGUAGAGAAACACCUGUUAAAGCUGAAAUGAGGGAAGAAGAUGAUGAGGAUCAUGUCCCAAUAUCACAUCGAAUGAAGAAGCUGACUUCCGCAGAUAAGAAAGCAUCAUCUGUGAAGAAGAUGACUAAACCCUUAGCUACAAUAUCAAAGAAGACGAAUACGAAACAAAAGAAAUCUACGAAGAACUCUAAGUUAUUCAUGGUUCCUCCAGGCUCUGGUGGAGGCCAGAAGUGGACUACCUUGGUUCACAAUGGUGUGAUCUUUCCACCACCAUACAAGCCUCAUGGGGUUAAGAUGCUCUACAAAGGAAAGCCUGUUGACCUGACCCCAGAACAAGAAGAGGUGGCAACAAUGUAUGCGGUGACGCUUGAUACUGAUUACAUGAAUAAACCUCAGGUCAAAGAGAACUUCAUGGCCGACUGGCGGAAGAUACUUGGGAAGAAUCAUGUUAUUAAGAGCUUGGAACAUUGUGAUUUCACUCCGAUAUACGAAUGGCAUCAGAAAGAAAAGGAGAAGAAGAAACAAAUGACUAUGUUGUGGAGGAUAGAUCUGGUUCUAGUUGUUUCCUCCUUUCUUUGGCAGUUCUUCAAAUAUGAUAUGACCACCGAGAAGAAAGCUUUAAGAGAGGAGAAACAGAAGCAAGAGGAUAAGUACACAUGGGCCAUUGUCGAUGGCAUGAAAGAGAAGGUCGGAAACUUCAGGGUUGAACCACCUGGGUUGUUUCGAGGCCGUGGUGACCAUCCGAAGAUAGGGAAGCUGAAAAAACGAAUUCUUCCUAGUGAUAUCACUAUAAAUAUCGGAAAGGAUGCACCAAUUCCCGAGUGUCCUAUACCUGGUGAAAGUUGGAAAGAAAUCAGGCAUGACAAUAUGGUUACAUGGUUGGCAUAUUGGAAUGAUCCCAUCAAUCCGAAAGAAUCCAAAUAUGUAUUCUUGGCAGCAAGCAGUAAAUUGAAAGGACAGAGUGAUAGAGAGAAAUAUGAGAAAGCUAGGCGCUUAAAGGAUUAUAUUCACGGUAUCCGAGCAACUUAUACCAAGAACUUCACGAGUAAAGAUUCAGCUCAGAGGCAAAUAGCUGUUGCAACCUAUCUUAUUGACAAGCUAGCGCUUAGGGCUGGAAAUGAGAAGGAUAAUGAUGAAGCUAAUACGGUUGGUUGCUGCACAUUAAAGGUUGAACAUGUUGAACCAGUGCCUCCAAAUAUCUUAAAGUUUGAUUUCCUGGGUAAAGAUUCUAUAAGGUAUGAUAAGGAAGUGGAGGUCGAGACUCUCGUGUUUAAGGCAAUCCAGCAGUUUCGAAGUGGAAAGAAGGGCAGUGAUGAUCUAUUUGACGGCCUUGAUACAAGUAAACUAAAUGCUCAUCUAAAGGAACUAAUGCCUGGUCUUACCGCCAAAGUCUUUCGUACAUAUAAUGCAUCCAUUACAUUGGAUGACCUGAAAUGGGAAAAACUCAAAAGAGUAGCAGGCGAGCCUGCCCCAAGCGCGAACGCCGGUCAAGAUUUCUCCGGCCUAAGCCAAAGACUCCUAUAUUCUUUUCCAUACGUAUCAACACUCUCAUGGUCAAAUAGCCUUGUCCCCAAGGUUGUAUUGCCGAAAACCCAUGCCACACUCAUCAAGCUAGCCAAACUCUCUGGGGGAGAUAACCUCGUCGCCAUCCGCUUCAACCAUCACGUUCAAGUUGCGGGUGCUAUGGUUAGGCAGACUCGAAGAGGUCGAAGGAGCCGAGGAUGUUGCACCUGUGUAGAGAAUGUUAAGUUGAGUAAGAUGACAAAAGGUGGAGAUGUUGCCCAGAAAGCUGCUGUUUAUCAGGAUGCAAACAAAGAGGUCGCAAUCAUUUGUAAUCAUCAACGUGCGGAACCAAAGAACCACGAUUCCCAGAUGUUAAAACUGAAUGAAAAGAUAGACGAAGCCAAGGCUGUUUUGAAGGAACUUCAGACAGAUCUGACUAGGGCUAAGAAAGGGAAGCCUCCGAUGAAAAGCGCUGAUGGUAAAACAAAGAGGAAUUUGAAUCCUGAUGCAUUAGAGAGGAAGAUAGCUCAGAGCAAGGCCAAGAUUGGAAAACUGAAAGUACACAUGAAGGAGAAAGAGGAUAUGAAGAACGUGGCAUUGGGUACGUCGAAGAUUAACUACAAUGAUCCCAGGAUCACUGUUGCAUGGUGCAAGCGCCAUGAAGUCCCUAUUGAAAAGAUUUUCACCAAGACUAUUCUCGAAAAGUUUGUUUGGGCAAUGGAUGUUGAUCCUGAGUUCAGAUUCUGAAGUAUCUCUGGUACUCAGUACAUCCCGCAGCGUAUUCUCCACUAACCAUGAAAGAAAGAGAGAAAAAAAAAAAAGAAUCUUAUCUGGACUUGAAUGGAAACAGUUUAUUCUAUUUAUUCCUGCCAAUAAAUUCCUAUUGAAAACUAGAAAACUCAUAAUUUCAAUGACAAUUGGGUGCUGGCCUAGUUGUGCAGUUUGAUAUGAGGCGAAAUCAUACCCUGAACAAAUAGAAAGAAACUCGAAACUGUCUCAAUAUCUUUUUACAUAUUCUGAACCUUUGCGCUUUGUGUACAGUUGGA